AUGGGAAUGGUUUUUGGUAAAAUCGUUGUAGAGACUCCAAAAUACACGGUGGCUAAAUCCGGCGACGGUUAUGAAAUCCGUGAAUAUCCACCGGCGGUUUCGGCGGAGCUCACUUACGAUCCGUCGGAAUUCAAAGGCGAUAAAGACGGUGGCUUUCAGGUCUUGGCUAAGUACAUAGGCGUGUUUGGCAAACCGGAGAACGAAAAGCCGUCGGAGAAAAUCGCCAUGACUUCUCCGGUGAUCACUAAAGAAGGAGAGAAGAUCGCGAUGACUGCUCCGGUGAUUACUAAGGAGAGUGAGAAGAUCGAGAUGACUUCUCCGGUUGUGACUAAAGAAGGAGGAGGAGAAGGAGGGAAGAAGAUGGUGACGAUGCAGUUUCUGUUGCCGGCGAUGUACAAGAAGGCGGAGGAUGCGCCGCGUCCGACGGAUGAGAGAGUGAAGAUUAGGGAGGAAGGAGGGAGAAAAUACGGCGUGGUUAAGUUCAGUGGUACGGCGUCGGAGAGUGUGGUGAGUGAGAAAGUGAAGAAGCUGACUAGUGAUCUUGAAAAAGAUGGGUUUAAGAUCACCGGAGAUUUCAUCCUCGCUAGGUAUAAUCCGCCAUGGACGCUACCUCCGUUCAGGACCAACGAAGUCAUGAUUCCUGUUGAAUGA